UUUGCAACGUCUGAGACUCUACAUAGAGCUUAUGUAGUUUGUCAAUACUGGCCUAAAGGAAACUGGAUGGAUCAAUACCAGGACCAGGUUCAACCGUUAAAAGGCUCUACAGAUUCCAGUGAUGAUGGCGAAAUUGAAGAAGAGGUCUUGGAAGAGGAGGUGAAAGAAGACGUAGAACUAGAAGAGGAUGUAGAAGAUGACGUCAGAGAGGACUCAGAGGAGAUCUCGGAUGAUUCAGGAUCUGAUAGAAUAAACGAGAACGACUCAGAAGACCGGUCAGAUUCAGAGAAUAUUAUUUUUGAAGGUCCGGAGAACUUGGUCUUUGGAACGGACAGCUCUGACGUAGGAUCAAACAUCUUCAAGACCUGUGACUGUUGGACCCCCGAGUGCAGAUACUGUUCCGACAUAAGCUGCACCGUAAAGCAAGAUCUCCCUAACUCCGAGCAAGGAAUCGCCGUCCGUUCUAUCGUCAAAAGAAAGAAGUACAACUCUGUUGUUUUCUAUGAUGAAAAUGGGAGCAGAAUUGGAAAAUUCCAAUGGAGUAAAAGGGGUAUUUUUCUUACAGGCUGCAUUGCAUGUGUAACACCGAGAGCUUUAAAAGGAAAGUGCAUUAAAAAUGUGCAAACCUUGUGGGCUGUUUCUAUUUACAAUGGGGUUCUUCAGAUAAAGAUCGAUGGAGAGAUUUUGUAUGAAAAUAGGUUAAUGGGAGACUGUCUUGAAAAGUACAGCAAAACCAAACGAUUUGCUUUUUACGGCAUGCCCGAAGAAAGUUCGUACUCGUUUGUGGCUGAUCAAAUGGAGGCCGGAGAAAAGAUUUUCAGUACAGGCUGUGCUUGAACAAUGAACAUGAAAAAUCAAGACAACUUUUAUUAAUGUUUACAUGAU